UCCCUGUGAGCGCUCCAGUCUGCUGCUGGUUGUGAGCUUUUAGUGGCGAGGGUCUCCUUAGAGGCUCGUGCUGGCGGACUAGCCCGCUUCAACCCGUUCUAACCCGGGAUGGAGCCCUGCAGCUCAGCUGCUGUGGGCGGCUGUGUGUUGUGUGAGAAUCAUCCUGCAUGGAGUCAUCGCCAUGAGCAACAAGGAGAUGGUUUCCACGGAGACAGAGCACAAAGGACAGAGGAAGGUGUUCCUUCCUCACAAGUUGCUGGAGUGUCUCCCCCGUUUGUCCAGUCUGCCCAGCGACAGACUCCGCUGGAACACCAACGAGGAGAUCGCUUCUUACCUGAUAUCAUUUGACCGGCAUGACGAGUGGCUCUACUGCACCCUGAAGACCAGGCCGAAGAACGGCAGCAUGAUCCUCUACAACCGGAAGAAGGUGAAGUACCGGAAGGACGGCUACUGCUGGAAGAAGAGGAAGGACGGGAAGUCCACGAGAGAGGACCACAUGAAGCUGAAGGUCCAGGGCAUGGAGUGCCUGUACGGUUGCUACGUCCAUUCCUCCAUCGUGCCAACAUUCCACAGGCGAUGCUACUGGUUGCUGCAGAACCCGGACAUCGUGCUGGUCCACUACCUGAACGUGCCGUCCCUGGAGGAUUCUGGGAAAUGCAGUCCGAUGCUGUGUGCGGUGACCGACCGCCACGACAGCGUGAGGUGGAGCCGAGACGAGCUGCAGAACCAGCUGAGGCCCAUGUUUCACAGUAUGAAGUGCUCGGUGGGCUCAGGUGAUUUCAGUAUUGAGGACUUGGUUCAACACAUUCUGGACCGGCAGAGAACCAAACCACAGCCGCGCACACAUGCCUGCCUCUGUAACCCGGCCCAAGUCUCUCCAGGAGUAAACAUUCCUCACCGCUGUAACAGCACCAAGCAUCGAAUCAUCUCCCCCAAACUGCCCCCCUCCUCCUGUAGACCCUCCCCUCUCUCCUGUGAGGGAAGAGAGACAGGGAGGGGGUCAGGAGAAGGAGAAGCCAAACUGCCCCCCCUGCAGGUUCAGAGCAGCCCGGUCUCAUCUCCCUGCCCCUCGUCCACCAACAACUCCUGCGGUGACCUGACCACCGUGGCACUGCCCCAGAAUGCCGUGCUCGUGAUGGCAACGACCGCCGCCCUCGCAAGCGGCGGAGGCGGGCCCAAAGUGGAGGAGGCGGGGCUUUCACUCACCCGCUCUGGCCAGAUACUGCUCUCCCCCGGUCUGCCCCCCGCUCCUCCUCCUGCCAGGCCCGCCUCCCCUUCGUCGCCACCCUCCUCACUCCCUCCUCCUUCCCCGGUCCAGGCACCGGGUGUGGCCAGCCUCUCCCUCACCAUCUUCUCCUCCCCCGUCAUUGGAGGCCUGCUCGUCACCCGCCCCUCCUCCUCCACCUCUCUUCAUACCCCCCCUCCUCCUCUUACCACUGCCUCCCCUCCCUCUUCUGUUUCGCCACCCCCGCCUCCCCCUGUGGUCCACCUGAGCUUUGACCCCGACUCCUUCCUCAACUCCCCCAUACAGGGUCAGACUUACGGUGGCCCUCCUCCUCCUCCCUCUUCUGGUCUCUGCUCAUUCUCCCCUCUCUCUCCCCCAUCCCUAGCUCUCUCCCUCUCCCCCACCGCCACCCCUCCCUCUUCUGGUGAGACUUAG